GUUGCGUGAAUUGUGUACCGGCAGUCGUUGGUUCCUUUGAUUGAAGGUAUGGUCUCGAAACCGAGUGUAACAACUUUGCUAUGGACGCAUUUGUUGGUUAUUAAGAAAUUUAAAAAGCAGUUGUAACUUGUUUGUUGUUAUGAAGUUUUAGUUUUUGGAAUUUAGGGUUUUUUCAGUGAAUUUAAAGAUUUAGGGUUACCUGUGUUGUUGAUUUGUUUAGUUGGGGAAAAUGUUAGUGGGCGUGGUUCUAAAACCCUUAAUUGGAAUGAAUUUGUUGUUAUGAUGUUUUAGUUUAUGUGAUUUACGGUUAUCCACUGAAAAUAGCGAAGUAGGGUUUCCUUUGUUGUUCAUUGUUAUAAUUGGGAUUAAUUUGAGGAUGUGAAACCCGUAAUUGGAAUGAAUUUGUUGAUAUGAUGAUUUAGAUUAUGUAAUGCUUUGUUAGCCACUGAAAUUUGCGACCUUUUGUUGCUUAAUUGUAAUGAACAAGCAAAAUUGUUUUGGGUGCAUGUGGUGGUAGGAAUGUUGAAUUAAAGUAUUUAAUUUAAUUUGAAUCCAUGUAAAUGAGUGAUUAAUUGUGAGUUUUUGUGGUGGUAGACGUAUUGAAUUAUGAAUAAGUGAUAUUGUUACAUUAAUAAAUUAUGACUGUUGUGGUAUGUAUAUGAGAAUAUAGUGGAGAAAUUAUAUGUGAAGAGUUAAGGGUUUGUUGAAAUGGUUUUAUGUAGUUGGGAAAUCCCAUUUAUCGAGCGUUCAUUUGAACUUGGCAGGAGGAAAUAAUGCCGAGGAAGAGCAAGGGAUGAGGAUUGGCGCGGUCGAAAGCCGUGAAUGAGGAGGCGCCUAAAAACAGAAGUAGCUAGUAAAGGGAAGAAGAAACUGAAAUCUGAUCCAGUUUUUGAGGUAGAGUAUUUAAAGGAGUCCGAUGAAGCUGGUUUUGAUGAUGGUGGUUAUGAUGAAUCUAGUGGUGAUGAAUCUGGUUCUGAUGAUGCUGAUUCCACAGCUGGUGAUUAUGAGGUAGAUGAGGAUGCGAAGGACGACGGUGUAGGUAGUGAGGAAGAAUCAGAACAGGACAAAGUGAGCUACCAGGAACUCCUGAUCAAGUUAUUGCGGGAAAAGGUUGAGAAAGGGAAGCACAAGCGAGGUCAUAUUGAGAAAAGGACAGGAAAAAGGGACAAGCUAAAGGUCGAGAAGACAAAGGGAGAGGUGGCGAAGGAGAAAGGGGUUGUCGUUAAAACCCAAUCAAGAAGUACGCAGAAGGUAAUAUCAACCGAGUUUAAUCGGAUCCCGAGCCCUUGA